ACGUCGUUGCCCGCUUGGAUGUUUCUCUGUUCCUCUGCUACCGGUCUCAGCCUGAUAGCCGAUAGCAGCAGCGGUACGACAGGGACCUGCUGACCGCUGUACUGGGACACUGGGAUCUGUCUGCACUGCUUCAUAGGUUACCUUCCCUUCUUCAGCCGGUUAAACCGAGAGGGGAGUAUCUUGGUCCGGACAACCCGGGAUGUGCGAUGGCAUCGGUGAAGGUGGCUGUGCGGGUCCGCCCCAUAAACAGACGGGAGAAGGACCUUGCAGCAAAGGGCAUCAUAAAGAUGGGCGGGAGCAAAACAACCAUCACCAAUCUGAAGAUGGCGGAUGGUUUGACGGGAGAUUCGAUGCGGGAGCGAACCAAGACGUUUACGUACGACUACUCGUACGACUCUUCGGACUGUAAACACACCAACUUCAUCUCUCAGGAAAAGGUGUUUAAGGACCUGGGCUCAGACGUGCUGAAGGCUGCCUUCGAGGGCUACAACGCAUGCAUCUUCGCAUACGGACAGACUGGCUCCGGAAAAUCCUACACCAUGAUGGGAAUCCCAGGAGACGUGGGCCUCAUCCCCCGGAUCUGUGAGGGUCUGUUCAGCCGCAUCGCGGGGACCACCCGCCGGGACGCGGCCUCGUUCAGGACCGAGGUCAGCUACCUGGAGAUCUAUAACGAGUGUGUGAGGGACCUGCUGAGAAGGAAGACCAACGACACCUUUAACCUCAGAGUCCGGGAGCACCCCAAAGAUGGACCGUAUGUAGAGGAUCUGUCCAAGCACCUGGUUCAGAACUACCGGGACGUAGAGGAGCUGAUGGAGGCGGGGAACAUCAAGCGCACCACGGCGAGCACCGGGAUGAACGAAACGAGCAGCCGCUCCCACGCCAUAUUCACCAUCAACUUCACUCAGGCCCGGUUUGCUGCAGAGCUGCCCAGUGAGACCGUGAGUCAGAUCCACCUGGUGGACCUGGCGGGCAGCGAGCGGGCCGACGCCACCGGAGCCACCGGCGUGCGUCUCAAGGAGGGCGGGAACAUCAACAAGUCCCUGGUUACCCUCGGCAACGUCAUCUCAGCGCUGGCGGACCAGAGUCAGGACACGGUGAACACUAACCUGAAGAAGAGGUCUCUGUUCGUCCCGUACCGAGACUCUGUCCUCACCUGGCUCCUCAAGGACAGCCUGGGAGGGAACUCCAAGACCAUCAUGAUCGCCAAUGUUUCCCCAGCCGAUGUGAACUACGGAGAGACCCUUAGCACGCUGCGCUACGCUAACCGAGCUAAGAACAUCAUCAACAAGCCCACGGUGAACGAGGACGUGAACGUCCGCCUCAUUCGGGAGCUCCGAGCGGAGAUCGCCAGACUCCGAGCUCUGCUGCUGCAGGGCAACCAGAUUGCUCUUCUGGACUCUCCUACAGCUUUGAGUAUGGAGGAGAAACUACAGCAGAACGAAGCCCGGGUUCUUGAGCUGACCAAAGAAUGGACCAACAAGUGGAACGAAACCCAGAACAUCCUCAAGGAGGAGACCCUGGCGUUGAGGAAGGAGGGCAUCGGUGUGGUGCUGGACUCUGAACUCCCUCACCUCAUCGGCAUCGACGACGACCUUCUGAGUACUGGGAUCAUCCUGUACCACCUGAAGGAGGGCCGGACGUUUGUCGGACGGGACGAUGCGUCGAGCGAACAGGACAUCAUCCUCCACGGUCUGGACCUGGAGAGUGAACACUGUGUGUUUGAGAACCAGAGCGGCCAGGUGACCCUGGUCCCACUGGGCUGCUCCCAGUGCUCCGUCAACGGGCUCCCAGCAUCCCAGCCCGCCCCCCUCAACCAGGGGGCUGUGAUCCUAUUGGGCCGGACCAACAUGUUCCGCUUCAACAACCCUAAGGAGGCCGCCAAACUACGAGAGAAACGCAAGAGUGGUCUCCUCUCCACCUUCAGCCUGUCCAUGUCGGAUCUGUCCCAGUCCUGCGAGAGCCUCUCCACUGUCAUGCUCUACAACCCAGGACUCUUCAACCAGAAGGGCCCAGUCCUCCUCAGGUUGGAGUUUGAACGACAGCAGAGAGAAGAGCUAGAGAAACUGGAAUCCAAGAGGCGGCUGAUCUCGGAGAUGGAGGUGCGGCAGCAGACGGAGAAGGAGGAGCUGCAGCGCCUCCAGCAGGAGGUGGAGAGUCAGAGGAAGGAGUCGGAGGAGGUGCAGCAGAGGAUCCUGCAGCAGGAGGAGCGGCUGCAGCUCCGCAGCCUGGCCGUGGAGAACCACCUGCGCCUCCUCCUGGCCCAGAGGGAGCGCUCCUCGGACGGGCAGGAGGCCCGGGCGGAGGAGGCGGCGGAGCGGGCGGAGGUCCACCGGGAGCUGGCGCUCCUCCAGGCGCAGCGGGAGGAGCAGGCGGCGGGGCUGCAGGGGGAGCUGCGGCGGCUGGAGGAGCAGGAGGAGGUGCAGCGGCUGCUGGUGGGCCGGCUGGGGGAGGAGCUGAGGGACAAGAGGGAGGCGGCCGCCCUGGCCCUGCCCCCCCGCGACGCCCGCCGGCAGGAGGAGGAGCACCGCGCCCUCACCCAGAUACGGGAGGCUCUGCUCCGCGCCAAGGAGGUCGGGGGCCAGGAGGGGGAGGAGGAGGAGGGGACAGAGGGGAACGACAGGGUCGUACGGGAGGUCCAGGCGCGCUACCGCCACUUCAAGGAGGUGCAAGUCAAGGAGCUGACGGAGCUGGAGGAGGAGCUGCGGAAACAGAAGGAGCGGCCGGAGGAGGAGGAGCAGACGGCGUCCCGUGGGCAGCGGGAGCCGGAGGACGACGAGGGGCGCCGGCGGCACAAGGAGAGCCAGCUGGCCGGCCUGGCCCGCGAGCGCCUGCGCCUCCUCGGGGAGGAGAGACGCCGCGCCGUGGAGCUCCUGCAGGGCUCCUCCCCCUUAACCAACGGCAUCGCGGGCGCCGUAACCGAGGGCAACCCGGGGGCCGCCGGGCUGGAGAGCACGCUGCACGCCGUGGAGGAGGAGCUGAGGGAGAAGGAGGAGCGGAUGCGGCGCCUCCGCCGGAGCGAGGAGGAGCUGCGGCAGCUGCAGGAGACGUACGAGUUUGCGGCGGACGUGGCGCAGCAGGAGGGGAAGGUGACGAGGAAGGAGAAGGAGAUCCUGCAGAGCAAGGAGGCGCAGCAGAAGGAGGCCAUGGAGCAGGCCGUGUCCCGGCUGGAGAGGCGGCGCUGGGCCCUCCAGCACAGCCCCUCCCAGGACCCCCUGGAGGAGGAGGAGGAGCAGGAGGAGGAGGAGGAGGAGGUGCAGCGGAGGAGGAAGAGCGGCGCCCCCGGAGGAGCGGAGGAGCAGGAGAAGGUGGAGCGGGACCUCGAGGAGCUGAGGCAGAGGGUCAGCGAGGGGGAGGACCACACCAGGACCCCCAGUCCCCCCACCCCAGACCCGCCGCAGGGGCUGCCCUUUAGUGACGACAGGAUAAAGGCCUACAUUGAGCAGGAGGUGCAGCGGAGGUUGAGGAGCCUGAACCCCAACACGGAGAGCAGCAUGGAGCCGUCUCCAUCCUACGAGUCCAUGCAGGGAGGAUCCCCCCUACCUGAUCCUCAUGACGUGAACCUCCUUCAGGACGUUGAUCUGCAGCAGAACCAACAGACCGACAGGAAGCUCAAGUACAAGAACCCUGCAGAGUGCGGGGCUGGUUCACUGGAGGAACGUUCGGAACCCACUCCCAGGAACCGCUCCUCUGGAGACCACCACGACAAGACCUCCAUCUCAGAUCUCACUCAGUACUCAAUACAACACCUAACGAAAUGGUGGAGCAAACUGGUGGAGCUGGAUCCUGGUCCCGGCUGGCUGGGGAAGGGGUUGACUGGGGGUGAACCCGGAGGCAUGAGCUGGCUGAGCGCUUUGUCUGGAAUCGGGGCCGACGUAAACGACAACGUCAGCGGUGAAGCUCAGUGCGAUGUCCGGGGCUGUGCUUCCAACGGAUCUAAGCGAGACGUUUUGCCACCGGAGCUUAGAGAGGAGCACCACCGACGUCCCCAUCAGGUCCAAACACCCCGCCCGGAUCCACCGCCCCGGUCCGAAGGAGCCCAGUCCGUCGAGCCCAGGCCCAGGUCCAAGGAGUCUGUGUACGGUCAGGUGACUCAGGAGCACGCCCCUCCGGGGGGCGGAGCCGAGUCUGGCGGCGGGAGCGUUGUGAUUGGCUACGUGGCCGGCAGGCUGUCGGAGGCGUACCACCACGUGGGCCAGCACAUGCUGACCACCAGGAACCUCGUGGAGAGGGCCACCGGGGCCCACCUCGCAGGCCUGGUGUCUCAGUACCUCACCGCCCCGUCCCCGGAGCCUCCUCUCACCGAGGCAUGGCGGCCCGGCCCCCAGCCGGACCCCGGCCCCCAGCCAGACCCCGGCCCCCAGCCAGACCCCGGCCCCCAGCCAGACCCCGGCCCCCAGCCAGACCCCGGCCCCCAGCCAGACCCCGGCCCUAGGGGGGGGCGGGUCGGUCUGGUGGAUCUGUCUGCAGGGGGCCUCCUCAGCCCUGGCUCCACGGCGCCGGGCUCCGUGUCCCCCAGCAGCACCCAGGAGCGGCCUGAGACGUUCUUCCAGAGGCUGGUCGUGCUCCCGCCGGCCCUGGCCCGUCUGCAGGCGAGCCCCGCCCAGAGUAGCAGGGCCCUCCUGGACUCACUGGCCCCGGAGGCACGAGGAGCCGCUCUGCUGGGCUCCUUCUGGCUCCACGCCGCCAACCGCACGCACCCCGCCCCGCGGCCCGCGGGCCUGCUGCUGCUCGAGGAGGACCUGUACGUGGUCUCCGCGCCGCGGGGUCCGGACCCCGACGCGGAGGAGGACAUCCCGGGCGUGUUCCAUCACCUCCGCCUGGAGGACAUCGGGGAGAUCCGGGUGUGCCUGGCCGGGCAGCGUGUGUGGCUGCUGGGCCGCGGGGGGGAGGACGCGGCGCUGGCCGUGUGCACCUACAGCCCGGAGCUGAGCCAGGAGCUCUGCAGGGCCCUGCUGCCGCGGCUCCUCCUCGCCGGGCCGGAGCUGGAGGAGGCCCUGGGGCACCCGCUGCUCCGCCGCGACCUCGGGGCCCUCUCCCUGGACUGGACGGCCCGCGUCCCCGACCUGGUUCUGGGCGGCGGCCGGCUCCGGCUCACCUCACGCUUCAAACGGGAGCUGGCCGACCUGCUGUACAUCGUCCACGGCAACAUGGAGGGUCCGGGCCGGCCCCCGCUGGCCCACGUGGCCCCCCUGCUGUUCACCAGCGUCCGGGCGGAGGGGGGCGGCGGCGUGGUCCAGCUGCUGCUGACGGACACCCACCUGGCUCUGCUGCGGCAGGACGGGGUCUUCCACCACCCGGCGCCGCGGGGCUCCGGCGUGGCGCCCCCGCAGAACCAGUUCCGGGGGGUGGAGGUGCGGCCGCGGGCCCGGGUGCAGGGCGUGCGGGCGGGGCAGGCCGACGGCUGCCUGGAGGUGGAGGUGGUGUUCGGUGCUGCAGGAGAAGACCCCCCCGGCCCUCCAGGUCCCGGACCCCCGGAGUCCUGGAAGCUGAGGUUUGGACGCACGGCGGAUGCCCGGGUGCUGGUGGAGCAGCUGUGCUCCUGACAGUGAGGACCUGACGGAGGACUGCACCGCCUCAGGGCAGCUCUCAGGGUGGUGGCGCUCAUCGGCCACUGAGGCAUGACAGCUUCCAGAGAACAAAGCGCUGUUUGUUAUCAUCACCAUCUCUUUCUACCUGUUGAGCAUCAGGAAGUGAUGCUAUGGGUAUCUCUCUAAUGCACAGGACGUGACGUCAUCGUGUUAGGGACGGUGAAGAUACUGGGUCUCAUAAGGGAAUUGUAUUGAUCUAAUCCUAUUAUUCAGCGUAUUAAUCAGCUGAAUCCACCCUCUAUAAUGUCUUUGAGGUCUUAAAAAACGAAGGUUGGCUAUUUGUAAUAUCCACCAAGGCCUUCAGAUUUUAUUCUAAUAUCCUGAUUCUAGGGUUCUAUGUGGAGAAAGGGAUUCAAAUGCUGCGUUAAAUAAUAUUAUAAUAUGAUCAAGUACAAUAUUAAAGAAGUAUCUACUUAUAAUGAAUAAUUUAAUAAAGUAUGCAAUUUAUAUGUGUAAUGUAUUCCUGACUAAAGUAUAACAUUUAUAUAUGAAAUGAAUAAUUAAAAAAGUAUCCCAUUUGUAUACAUAGUGAAUUCUUUAAAGUAUAACAUUUAUUUGUGCAAUGAAUUCUUCAGUAAAGAUGACUGGUCGACUCUUGAUUUAGACAUGUCUUUCAUUCACAUCUCCGCAUCAAAGUAAAACCAUUUAUUUGUGAUCAAUAUGUAAUCAACUGAAUUACUCUUGUGAUGAAUUCUUGUUAGUUUAUAAGAAACUGCUUCCCUUCUCUAUACCUCCCUUCUGUGCCAUCUCUUUGUCUCUC